AUGGUUGUUCUUGCCAACCACCACUACCACCAUGUUUCCUCCUCCUGCUUUUCCCUUGCCCCUCCUUCCCCCUUCUCCAACGUAACCCUCCCGCUACUCCGUACCCUUGCCGCCAAACCCCAGCCUGACCCAACCACCAGCAGUACCGUAUCACCUGCCGGAAACUGGGGAAAAAGAAGGCAACAGUGUGGGUGA